GCCCUUGCCUCAUCCUCCGCACUCAUCUGACACUCUCUGGCCUCUGGGCGACAUCCGCGUCCUGUUGUACCUUGCAGCUUAUAGCUCAACCUAGACUGUGCCUCUGUAGCCUGUUGGCUCACACCGAGGGAAGUCGAAGCUAUACCCCUCGCAUCCCAUGAUGCUCUCGUCUGGCGCAUACCGCUGGAUUCUGCCAACAUCGGUACUGCUGCUAUGUACACAAGUCGCACAUGCACGCAGAAAUGUCUCCUUGGGCUUCUCUCUGAAUGCUCAACAAUCGCUCUCGCCUCUCGAAGUCGUAGCCUCCAGGCCAGAGAAGUGUCCACCAUGCUUCAACUGCCAGCUAGACGCGUUCACCUGCGGCAACUUCGGAGAGUGUUCCAAGUUUGACGGACAGUGCAAAUGUCCUCCGGGUUGGGCUGGCAUCGACUGCCUUACACCCCAGUGCGACUCUCUUGCGGACGGAGACCAUCGAAGACAACGAGAAGACGGGAAGCAGUGCGAAUGCAAGGACGGUUGGGGUGGCAUAAACUGCAAUGUGUGCGAGACCGACGACGCGUGCAUCGGCUUCCCUCUCCGCGGACAGCCGACCGACAACGACGAGCGUGUCAGUAACAUGACAUGUUACAAGGGCGGCGAGACGGUCUUCAAUAACCACCAGAUGUGCGACGUCACCAACCGCAAGAUCCUCGACAUGCUCCCCGACCGCCCGCCUCAGGUUACGUUCAGCUGUGACCAGGAGUCCGACCAGUGUCACUUCCAGUUCUGGACGGCACAAGUCGAGUCCUUCUAUUGUCAGCUCGAGCAGUGCGUAUCUCGGGCGGAGCGCGGCUACGACAAGAAUCAGACGUUCUACGACUGCGAGAGGAUCCAAUGCAGUUGCGUGCCUGGGCGGUUCAUCUGCGGAGAGGAUGGCAGCCUCGAUAUCACGGACUUCCUCAAGGAGGACAUCAAGGGCCCCGCGUCGUUUACCUGCGUCGAGAACCAGGGAUGCAGAUUCGAAGAGCCUGGCAUGAACUCCCUCAUUGAGACGUUCUUCGGCGACAAGUAUAUCACCCUCAAGUGUAAGGGUGGUGAGUGUCUGCACUACUCGCAGGUGCCCGGCUACGUGGCGCCGCCCAAACCAGACAACACGGCAUUCGUCGCCAUGAGCGUAGCCGGUGCAGGGCUCUUCGUCGUCUCCGUCUCGGCCAUUCUGUGGUAUGCGGGCCGGGCGCACUCGAGCGACUUCGGCGGCAUCCGCCUGCCCGAGAACGAGUCCGCGAAGCUCAUGACGGACCACGUCCCCGCGUCGCUGCAUUUCUCGGACAUCUCGUACACGCUCGGCGGGCGCGCGAUCCUCGAGGGCGUGUCCGGGUGCGCGAAGCCGGGGCAGCUGCUCGCGAUCAUGGGCGCGUCGGGCGCGGGCAAGUCGACGUUCCUCGACAUCCUCGCGCGGAAGAGCAAGCGCGGCGCGGUCGCGGGCACGACGCUCGUGAACGGGCGCGCGGUCGACGACGCGGACUUCAAGAAGGUGACCGGCUUCGUGGACCAGGAGGACACGCUGAUGGGCACGCUGACGGUGUACGAGACCGUGCUGUACUCGGCGCUGCUGCGGCUGCCAAGGGAGAUGAGCCUGGAGGCGAAGAAGUACCGGACGCUGGAGACGAUGAACGAGCUGGGCAUCUUGGGCAUCCGGGACUCGCGCAUCGGGGAUACUGGCCGUCGCUCGAUCUCUGGGGGUGAGAAGCGCCGCGUGUCGAUCGCCUGCGAGCUUGUCACCAGCCCAUCGAUCCUCUUCCUCGACGAGCCCACGAGCGGCCUGGAUGCGUACAACGCGCUGAGCGUCAUCGACAGCCUCGUCUCGCUCGCGCGCGACUACAACCGCACGGUCGUCUUCACGAUCCACCAGCCGCGCAGCAACAUCGUCUCGCUCUUCGACCAGCUGAUCGUACUCGCGCAGGGCAAGCUCAUCUACUCGGGCGAGGCCGACAAGGUCACCGACUACCUGGCGGAGAUCGGGCACCCGUGCCCGCUUGGGUUCAACGUCGCGGAUUUCCUCAUUGAUCUGACGAUGCAGGCCGGGCUGGAGCCCCGCUCGCGGGAGAGCCAGAGCCCCCCGACAGAGCUUGCGCAGGCUGGCGAAGAGGAUAACAACAUCCACGACGAGGAGCGCGCGCUCGGUCGGCGCGAUCGACCCUCGUCCAUCUCGCUCCGCUCCGCGUACCGCAACUCGGACGACACCCGCGUGGAAGAGACCGAGCUGCGCACGCGCGCGAGCUCGAUCCACUCCUCGACGGCCUACAUCCGCAGGCAGACCGCACGGCUCCUCGAGGCGAUCAAGCCGUCCCAGCAUAGGGGCGACGGGCCCGUGCCCCCGAAACUGCUCGAGCUCAUCAACGCGUUCAAGAACAGCGAGAUCCACCAGGCGCUCACGAGCGAGAUCCUCGAGGUCGCGCGCGCGCCGGCCGCGGAGGAGGGCGUGCCCACCUCGGAGCUCCCGGACGUGUCGGUCGAGAGCCAGCUGUCGCGGGGCCGCAAGCGCGCGAGCUGGGGCACGCAGUUCCGCAUCCUGAGCGGGCGCGCGUUCAAGAACCUGUACCGCGACCCGGCGCUGCUGGCGGCGCACUACGUCGCGUCGGUGGGCGUCGCGGUCAUCUGCGGGUUCUUCUUCCAGAACAUCACGAACGACAUCGCGGGGUUUCAGAACCGGCUGGGGAUCUUCUUCUUCACGCUCGCGCUGUUCGGGUUCUCGUGCCUGUCGAGCCUGAACUUGUUUGCGAACGAGAGGAUACUGUUCAUGCGCGAGCGGGCUAAUGGGUACUACUCGUCGUUCACGUACUUCGCCUCCAAGAUCCUGUUCGACAUCCUUCCGCUCCGCGUCGUGCCCCCGCUGGUGUUUGGCGGGAUUAUUUACGCGUGGAUCGGGCUUGUGCCCGAAGUCACGAUUUUCUGGAAGUUCAUGCUCACCCUCGUCCUGUUCAACCUCACGACCGCAAGCGUCAUCCUCCUGCUCUCGAUAGCGUUCGCGAGCACGAGCGUUGCGAACUUGGUUGGCACGCUGAUCCUACUCUUCAACUUGCUCUUCACGGGGCUGCUCAUCAACCGGAAGACGGUCCCGCAGUUCUUCCAAUGGCUGCACACCGUCUCGUUCUUCCACGCGGCGUUCGAGGCGCUCGCCGUGAACGAGCUGCGAUACCUGCAACUGCACGAAGAGAAGUACGGCGUCAACAUCGACGUCCCCGCCGCCGCCAUCCUCUCGACGUUCGGUCUCAGAGCAGGGUCGUUCUGGUGGCCAAACAUCGCGCUGCUCGGGAUCUUCUUUGGCACGUUCACCGUUGCGAGUUACCUUGUCCUCCACUUCUACGUCAAGGAGAAACGGUGAUCGUGCGCAACGCCUUCGUGUUCUGUACCGACCGGUGUCUUUUGCUCAAUCUGGGAGAGAUCAGUCAAUAUAGUCCAAGAGGUCUCGCGGGGGGCCGGUGUCUCGUGGAGCGGUUACUUUAGCUUAGAUACAUAUACAUGCUUGGUGUGUCUUACGUCUCCGUCCGUCUGGACUCUCACAUAGCCCACCGGAAGUCUUGUGUAGGCGAUAUAUUGUGUACGAUUAUGUGAUGCUCGUGCUU